AUGUCUCUGAAAAAACAUGGUUCUAUCGACGCCUGGUGCCAAAUUGCCCAUCCAGACUUUAUCAAAGGUGUUCCAGAAGUAGCCCGUCUUAUGCUUCUAUCAAAAACACCUCUAGCUUUGUCGGAAAAGGGUCUCACGCCCGAACAGACAAUUCAACUGAUGGAUAAAGCUGGUGUAGAAAAAUUAUGUUUAAGCGCCUGGUAUAGACCUGGAAAAGCAGUAAUUACUAAUGAUAUGAUAAGCGAAUGGGUACAAAAAUAUCCUGACAGAUUUAUUGGAAUUGCGGGUGUCAAUUUACUUGAUCCUUUUGGUGCAGUGAAAGAAUUGGAAAGAGCUAUCAAUGUACUCGGUUUUAAGGGUCUUCGUAUUGUCCCUUGGCUUUAUGGUCUUCCACCAAAUGAUAAACAUUAUUAUCCUCUCUAUAUAAAAUGUAUCGAACUUGAUAUCCCAUUUUUUACGCAAGUCGGUCACACCGGUCCAUUAUGUCCAUCCGAGACAGGAAGACCAAUUCCCUAUCUUGAUGAAAUCGCACUUACAUUUCCCCAACUAAAAAUUGUUGGAGGCCACAUUGGCUAUCCUUGGACGAACGAGAUGAUUAGUAUUUGUUGGAAGCAUCCCAAUGUGUACAUUGAUACUUCUGCUUGGCUUCCUCGUUAUUAUCCUUCAGAACUUAUCCAUUAUAUGAAAACCUAUGGUCAAGACAAAGUUUGUUAUGGCACCAAUUUUCCCCAACUUAGUUGGAAAGCCACGAUGGAACAAGUAGAUGAAUUAGGAUUGAGUGAUGAAGGGAGAGAGAAAUUUUUGUAUGGAAACAUAGCAAAACUACUCAAAUUAGAAAACAAAGCAAAAUUGUGA